GGAUAGCACGGACCAAUCGCAAUUGCUUCUUCCCUCCUCAAACCACAUUGGACGAGAGAGCCAGAAGUCCUGCCUCUCCGACAUACUCCUCCAAUGGGUUUUGAGGAGGCGAGGAGAAUGUGAUUGAGAUUUCCCCAUUGAGUCCAUGAGGAGGCUUGUGUGACUUUGGUAGAGGUAGUUUUUGAACUAACACUUCAUUGUUGACCGAGGAGAAUUUAAAUGCUAAGCAUGUAGUAAUGAUUUACCACUGCUGUUUUAACCGUGGUUUUGCACGAAACCAUUCGUUUGGUUCAUGUGCCGGUUGAACAGUGUUUAGCCGCAAAGUAAGUCAGCUUCGCUAGCUAGGUAAAGUUAGCUGGCUAUCGGAGAUUCGAUGUCGUUUGCUGGUUGUUACAUUGAGCUGUUGCGAUAUUCAUAACGUUGACAUGUGGUGUUACUAUGUGGCCGUUGUAUAAGCUAUAUUUGCAACUUCUCAUCCUAGCUUACUUUCAACCGGAAAUAGUCAACCGAGAAGUGAACGUGCAUAUCGUAUAGUUAUAGCUAGUUUAACUAGCUAUAAGUGUGCAGUAGUACAGAAUGCUGCUCUCCCUGGUUGUGCACACAUACUCGUUGCGGUACUGGUUUCCUGCAGUGGUAAUGCUAGGCACAGCUCCGGUUUAUGUGCUGUCAUGGGGUGCAUGUCGUGUGCUUACCGCUGUCCUCCCAUCAAGACUAUACCGCAGGAUGGACGACCACCUCUAUAACAUAUACCAGAGCCUCGUCCUAUUUUUCUUCGAAAACUAUACCGGGGUGGAGAUUGUUAUUUAUGGAGAAGUGCCAAAGAAAAAAGAGAAUGUAGUCUACCUUUCCAACCAUCAAUGCACAGCGGACUGGAUCAUUGCUGACAUGUUAGCCAUUAGGCAGAAAGCACUUGGCCAUGUGAGAUACGUCCUAAAAGAUGGGCUGAAAUGGCUCCCAUUAUACGGAUGGUAUUUCUCUCAGCAUGGAGGUGUCUACGUGAAGCGAAGCGCAAAGUUUGACGAGAAGGCAAUGAAAAAGAAGCUCUCGUCACAAACAGUGUUGGGAACACCAAUGUAUCUUGUCAUCUUCCCAGAAGGAACCCGAUACAACCCUGAACUCAAGAAGAUGAUCAGCGACAGUCAGGCUUUUGCCACUAAAGAAGGGCUGGCUGCCUUAGACCAUGUUCUGACCCCAAGAAUGAAAGCCUCUCACGUUGCCAUAGAGACCAUGAGGGAUCACCUGGAUGCUGUUUAUGAUAUCACCGUUGUGUAUGAGGCAACACUGGGCAAAAGCAGUGAUAGACAACCUGCCCCAACCAUGCCAGAAUUCCUGUGUAAGGAAUCUCCAAGAGUUCACAUCCACUUUGAACGUGUGGACAUGAAGGAAAUUCCUCCGGAGUCUGUGUUUUUCCGUGGGUGGCUGCACAAGCGAUUUGAGAUCAAGGACCAGAUGUUGACUACUUUCUAUGAGUCUGAGGAUCCAGACAAAAAAGGCAAAUUCCCUGGAGAAGGUCAAAGGUCCCAUCUGAGUAUUAUGAAGACGUUGCCAUCGCUGCUAUUUUUGGGGGGGCUAACACUGCCAAUGCUGAUGACGGAGUCUGGCAGGAAACUCUAUGUCCGAACCUGGGUGUAUGGGACUCUGUUGGGAUGGCUCUGGGUGAAUGUUAGUCCAUAGGAAGCUUGUGGUGGUCAUCAUGCCAUCUGCUCUGGGUAUGGAAAGACCUUGCCCUUUCACUCACCCAUCAAGCAGCACUGCAAUGGCAAUUGACUGGCUUGGAUUUGGCUAUGCUGCAGCCAUAGCCCUAGGGGGAUUCAUGGGGUACAAGAAAAAAG